AUGGAGUUGUCCGAAGUGCGCUGCUCCAGCGCCAGUGAGGAGCUCUACACCAUCAACCGGACUCCGGGAACCAGACCCAAGCGGCUCCUGUGGCAAAAUGCGGUCCGUCACAUCACCGAACAGCGCUUCCUCAACGAACACAACAGCGCGAAGACCGUCUCCUCCUCCGAGGACUCGUGGAGCCCCGACGGGAGGAAGCCGUCCGCGGGCAGAGCCUCCAUCGGCGGCCACAACAACAACGGCGGCACUAAGGUCUUCCCCGAGCGGACCAGCAACGACCUGGGCUUCCUGCACCUGGACUGCGCUCCCACCAACUCCGACUUCUUCCUGAACUGGGGCUACACCUACCGCGGGGUCAUCUUCCCGACCCUGAGGAACUCCUUCAAGUCCCGCGACCUGGAGCGGCUGUACCAGCGCUACUUCCUGGGCCAGAGGCGCAAGUCCGUGGUGGUGAUGAACAUCCUGGACGUGUUGACCAAACUCACCGUCCUGAUCCUCCACCUGACCCUGGCCUCGGCCCCCAUGGACCCGGUCAAAGGCAUCCUCCUGGGCUUCUUCACCGGCAUCGAGGUGGUCAUCUGUGCCUUAGUGGUGGUGAGGAAGGACACCACCUCUCACAGUUACCUGCAGUACAGCGGCCUGGUGACCUGGGUGGCCAUGGCCACUCAGAUCCUGGCCACUGGCCUGGGCUAUGGACUGCUUGGGGACGGCAUCGGCUACGUGCUCUUCACUCUCUUUGCCACUUACAGCAUGCUCCCUCUGCCCCUGACCUGGGCCAUCCUGGCCGGCCUGCUCACCUCUGCCCUACACCUGGCGGUGCGCUUACUCUUCCCUCCAGCUGCCAUCCCAACCACAAACCAGGUGAUAGCUGAAUCUGUGCUGUUCAUGUGCAUGAAUAUAGCCGGCAUCUUUAUCAGUUACCUGGCAGACCGAGCACAACGCCAAGCCUUUUUGGAGACCAGGAGAUGUAUAGAAGCCAGACUACGCUUGGAAACUGAGAAUCAGAGACAGGAGAGGCUGGUUCUUUCAGUUUUGCCGCGGUUUGUGGUCUUGGAGAUGAUUAAUGACAUGUCAAACGUGGAAGAUGAACACCUGCAGCACCAAUUUCAUAAAAUCUACAUUCAUCGCUACGAGAAUGUGAGCAUUCUCUUUGCAGACGUGAAAGGUUUUACCAACCUCUCAACAACCUUGUCCGCACAGGAACUAGUUAGGAUGCUGAAUGAACUUUUUGCAAGAUUUGAUCGACUUGCACAUGAGCAUCACUGCCUUAGAAUUAAGAUCCUGGGAGACUGUUAUUACUGUGUGUCAGGCCUCCCUGAGCCACGCCAGGAUCAUGCACACUGCUGUGUCGAAAUGGGUCUUAACAUGAUCAAAACUAUCAGAUAUGUGCGAGUCCACACGAAACACGAGAUUGACAUGCGUAUAGGAAUCCACUCUGGGUCCGUGCUCUGUGGUGUUCUUGGGCUUCGUAAAUGGCAGUUUGAUGUCUGGUCCUGGGAUGUGGAUAUUGCAAAUAAACUGGAGUCUGGUGGAAUCCCCGGGAGAAUCCAUAUCUCUAAGGCAACACUGGAUUGUCUAAAUGGUGAUUACGAGGUUGAAGAAGGACACGGGAAAGAGAGAAACGAGUUUCUCAGAAAGCACAAUAUUGAAUCCUAUUUAAUAAUGCAGCCAGAGGAAAGCCUGCUCACAUUGCCUGAAGACAUUAUGAAAGAAUCGAGUACCUCUUGCGACAGAAGCAACAGCGCCACAACGUUUACUGAAGGUUCCUGGAGUCCUGAACUUCCAUUUGAUAAUAUUGUUGGAAAACAGAACACUCUGGCUGCCCUAACAAGAAAUUCAAUAAAUCUGCUUCCAAACCACCUUGCACAAGCUUUGCAUGUCCAGUCUGGGCCUGAGGAAAUUAACAAGCGAAUAGAACAUGCCAUCGACUUAAGGAGUGGGGAUAAAUUAAGAAGAGAGCAUAUCAAGCCUUUCUCACUGAUGUUUAAAGACUCCGGCCUGGAGGAAAAGUACUCUCAGAUGCGAGAUGAAGUUUUCAAGUCAAAUCUGGUGUGUGCUUUUAUUGUUCUUAUAUUUAUCACAGCAAUACAAAGUUUACUUCCCACAUCUAGGACGUUGCCAAUGGUCAUCCAGUUUACCAUUCUGAUAAUGUUGCAUGCUGCACUUGUGUUAGUUACUACUGCUGAGGAUUACAAAUGUCUGCCAUUAGUCCUUCGGAAAACAUGCUGCUGGAUCAAUGAAACUCAUUUCGCAAGGAAUGUCAUCAUAUUUGCCUCCAUUAUGAUAAACUUUCUUGGCGCUGUAAUAAAUAUAUUUUGGUGUGAUUUCGAGAAAUCUACAGCCUUAAAGAAUGAGACAUCCAAUUCCACAGCUACAUGUACAGAUAUAUGCUUCUAUCCAGAGUAUUUUGUGUUUACCGGAGUGCUGGCAAUGGUGACUUGUGCAGUGUUUCUCCGUCUGAAUUCCAUCUUGAAGCUUGCCGUGCUAAUGAUCAUGAUAGCAGUUUACUCUCUGCUGACCGAAACCAUCUACAGCUCGCUCUUCAUUAGAUAUGACAACUUUCAUCACAAUGGAGAAGACUUCCUAGGAACGAAAGAAACAUCCCUGUUGCUGAUGGCAAUGUUUCUUUUGGCUGUGUUUUAUCAUGGACAACAGCUGGAAUAUACCGCAAGACUGGACUUCCUUUGGCGAGUUCAGGCAAAAGAGGAAGUCAAUGAAAUGAAGGAACUCCGAGAACAUAAUGAAAAUAUGCUUCGGAAUAUUCUACCAAGUCAUGUUGCACGACAUUUCUUGGAAAAGGAUCGAGAUAAUGAUGAACUUUAUUCGCAGUCCUAUGACUCUGUUGCAGUGAUGUUUGCAUCAAUUCCAGGAUUUGCAGAUUUCUACUCUCAAACCGAGAUGAAUAACCAAGGAGUGGAAUGUUUACGUUUGCUGAAUGAAAUAAUUGCUGAUUUUGAUGAGUUGCUGGGUGAAGAGCGAUUUCAGGACAUUGAAAAAAUUAAAACAAUUGGAAGCACUUACAUGGCUGUCUCAGGACUAUCUCCUGAAAAGCAGCAAUGUGAAGAUAAAUGGGGCCAUCUUUGUGCUCUGGCAGACUUUACUAUUGCUUUAAAUGAAAGUAUACAGGAAAUAAACAAACAUUCCUUCAAUAACUUUGAACUCCGUAUUGGUGUUAGCCAAGGUUCAGUUGUUGCUGGGGUCAUUGGUGCUAAGAAGCCUCAGUAUGAUAUCUGGGGUAAAACUGUAAAUUUAGCAAGCCGCAUGGAUAGCACAGGCAUUAGUGGCAAAAUUCAAGUGCCUGAAGAUACAUAUCUUAUCCUAAAGGACAGAGGAUUUGCCUUUGAGUGCAGAGGCGAAAUAUAUGUCAAAGGGAUAAGUGAACAAGAAGGGAAGAUUAAAACAUAUUUUCUUCAGGGAAGAGUUCAGCCAAAUCCACUUAUCAUGCAACCAAGGAAGCUAACCGGUCAAUAUUCAUUAGCUGCUGUUGUCCUUGGACUUGUACAGUCUCUAAACAGACAAAAACAAAAGCAAAUUCUGAAUGAGAACAAUAACUCUGGAAUCAUAAAGGGACACUACAACAGAAGGACACUACUUACUUCUACUGUACCUGAAGCAGUCGCACAGGUUGAAGGCUCAGAAAAAAAUGAAUUGCCAUAA